CACGGGGCGGGGGGUGGCGGAGAGGUCCUGUUAUGGGGUCAGCUGCACAGCGCAGAAGUAUUUGGGACGGGCUGCCUCUUGCAGGAGCUGCAAAAGCAGUUGCUGGGGCCCUGCAGUGGGGAGGGGAGACCCCUUCCUAGUUUAGGCGACCCCCGCAGCUCGGCUGAUCCGUCCCGUGCGGCCACGCCAUGGCUUCCGGCGGGGACAGCUUGGAGGACAUUUCGCCAGACUGGGCCAGCACCGGCCUCGUGGACCUGACCUCUCCUGAGCUGGCAAAAGCCAGUGCCUCCUUGCUCGACAGCGGAGAGGACUUUGAAGUCCUGGACGACGAGGACGGGGAAGAGGACCUGAGCGACCUGCCUCCGCUGGAGGACAUUCCCGCCAACAAAGUUCCGGCAGCCAAAGAUGAAGGCCAGGCGACUGCCUCUGAGGAGAGUGUAGAAGCUGUGGAGUGGAUGGACGUAUUGGGGAGCGGCUUGUUGAAGAAGAAAGUCCUCAUCUCAGGCCAGGGCCGGGAGAGCCGUCCUGUCAAGGGCCAGGAUGUUACCAUCUGGCUAAAAGUGGCGCUGGAGGAUGGUACGGCUGUGGAGGAGAAUCCUGAUCUCACCUUCACGCUGGGCGACUGUGACGUCAUCCAGGCUUUGGAUCUCAGUGUGCAGCUGAUGGAGAUGGGAGAGACGGCCCUGAUUACAUCUGAUGCAAAAUAUUGUUUUGGCCUGCAGGGGAGAAGCCCCGACAUCCCACCCAACGCAGCCCUUGCCCUCGAAGUGGAGCUGUUGGCCGCACAGGAUGCCCCCGACUUGGAGCUACUCGGCGGGAAAGAGAAGGCUGAGCUCGCCAAUCGGAAGAGGGAACGUGGCAACGUCCACUACCAGCGAGCGGAUUACGUGCUGGCCAUCAACUCCUACGACAUCGCCCUGAAAGUCGUCGGCUCCAAUUCAAAAGUCGACUUCACCCCGGAAGAGGAAGCUGAACUGUUGGAAGUGAAGAUUAAAUGCCUGAACAAUUUAGCUGCUUCUCAGCUUAAGCUGGACCAUUACGAGGCCGCACUGAGAUCCUGCAGCCAAGUGCUGGAGCAGCAACCAGACAACAUCAAGGCCCUCUUCCGGAAAGGGAAGGUCUUAGCCCAGCUAGGCGAGUACAGCGAAGCGAUCCCCAUCUUAAAAGCCGCUUUGAAGCUGGAGCCUUCUAACAAGACCAUCCACGCGGAGCUCUCCAAGUUGGCCAAGAAGCAUGCCGACCAAAAGAGCGUGGAGACGGAGAUGUACCGCAAGAUGCUGGGGAACACCGGCUCCAGCAGCGCCCCCACCAAGUGUAAAGAUAAAUCGCCCCGGUCAAUUCCUUGGAAGUGGCUGUUUGGUGCCACUGCCGUGGCCCUGGGGGGCGUAGCCUUGUCCGUUGUCAUCGCUGCCAGAAACUAGAGCCAUCUGCUGACGGAAGCUUUGAAGAGCUGGACCAGAAGACCAGCCCCCCCUUCUCCCCUCUCCCCACCCCACUUGGCCCUCGAUGACCAGUAUACAACUUGGACUACGGAUUUGUUGGGGGCAUGGCUCCCCCCAUAGAGAUUCCACCCACCACUGCCUGAAUUGCUACAGAGGUGGAGUUCCAGGAGCGGGAAAGAGGGGCCCGGCAGUGUGGGGGCAAUUUUGGCCUAGAAAACUGGAACGCAUUGGACGCUCCAUGCCAUUCUGUGUGCAUGGGGGUUCACCCACCGCCCUUAUUUGUUUUCAAUCAGCUCCACAACCUUGCGGAUGGGGGUGAGGUUGACCAUGAAAUUUAGGGAGAGGAGAAGCCCAUGACUACUGAGGUAGAAAGCGCGUAGAGGUGGAUGUACUUAGGGGCUGUUUUAGGCUGUUUUAGCGAUGCUCAGGGCUGUUUAACAGCCUCUUCUUCCCCCUCCUUUUUUUGGUAAGCUGUUUUAGAAGGGGGGAACAGAAGGGAUCACCGGCGGAUCGUGACCUCUUCUGGCUCUGCUGACUCCCUGCCCAAAAGAUGGGGGGCUUCUCCCAACCCCAGCCAAGUUCUACAUCACCUGGAUAUAGAAAAGAUAUAUAUAUAUUUUGCCUCUAUCAAGAUUAAACUGUGAAAAAACCAAAAUAGAUCCAUCUUCUAAUAAAGGCAGUUCUGAAUAGGGUUGCA